AUGGGUGAUUUUCUAUCAAUUCUGACCCGUUUAUAUUUUCAUCAUCUUUUAGAGUUUCAGCACACUCUCUGGCACCAGCAUGAACAGUUCAGAUAUACUCGUGAUAUAUCAUUCCUGCAUCCAGUCAAAAUAUAUCUUGGUGCAAAGUUUGAUGUUGGUCGGAGAGUCCAAAAGUUUUUACGUGUCUAUAGGAACAGCCAUUUAGUGAUUGAGACAUCACAGCAAAUCAGUGAUGUGCCCUAUGGUGACUACUUCAAAGUAGAGGGGAUAUGGGAUGUGCAGCAACUCAGCGGUGAGACUGGCUGCAUUCUGCGUGUGUAUAUUAAUGUGGCAUUCUCGAAGAAAACCAUGUUUAGAGGCAAAAUAGAGCAAUCAACAAAAGAUGAAUGUCGAGAAGUUUAUGCGCUUUGGAUUAACAAUAAACUGGAAGACACAAUUUCCACUAAUGUUGGAUUGGGUAGCUCUUCAGAGCCAGCUGGAGAUUUAAUGCAUAAUGUGAUUUUUGAAGAGAUCAUAGAAACUGUGUCUGAUAAGAUCUCUCCACAAAGUGAAAGCCCAAUGACAGUGAACCUUGAAAAAUGGAGAUCAGCAUUGGUCAUUUUCAGAGAAGCAUGGGCUUCACUGUGUUCAUAUUGUGGCAGUCAAAGUCUUCUUCCCUUCGUAAUUGCUGCUGCAUUUCUUGCAGUCCUCAUUUUGAUGCAGGUUAGCAUCAUAGUUAUACUGACAAGAGUUCCUGAAGUCCGCAUAGUUACCGAAGGAAACUAUAUAAGCGGCCCUGGUAGUUACAAUUUAGAGAAUGCAGAGUGGUUGGAGAGACGUUUCAACUACCUAAAGGAGGAAAUGCUUAUGUUAGAAAGUAGGAUGGAGAGGAUGCGCCAUGAGUAUACAUUGUUGAAGGCAACGCUACAAAGCAUUGAGAAGUUAAAACCCAAAUCAUAACAGUCCCUUAUGUUAUCAAGCACACAAAUUUAGGGGGCAUGCCGGACAUUCAGUUCCUGUGGAAAUACUACACUUUAUACUCCUAAAGGAAAGGCUUGCCCUCAUCUCUGUUUAAAUUCAUCUGGUGUAUAUUUUGUGCCUUCAGUUCCUUUUAUGUAAAAUUUUACUUGUUUCAAGCAUAAUAUAUGAAAAGCUGUAAUCUCAAAAAUUGUGAAUAUAACCUCAAUUAAAUCCUUACAGUAAACAGGGGAUGAUAUAACCCAAUUGAUGCAGUUAACCAUAGUUUAAUUUCCUCUUUAUUGGGGGUUCUCA